AUGCCAGACCUGGGCCCGCAAGACGCGGAAAGGGCUUGUCAGGAGCGAAAGAUAACAGUGGUGAUUGAGAACCCGUAUCGCAGCUUCUUCUGGCACGUGCCUCAGAUCACAAAGAUCCUGGAACAUGAGGAUGCUGUUUCAGUGCGGAGCGACUUCUGCAUGUUUGGAGGGCAGAGACUCAAGAGGACCGCGCUUCUUAGCAACAGCCCCUUGGUGCAGUCGCUGGCAGCUCAGUGUGAUGGCAAGCACACACACGCCGCCUGGGGCAGGGUUGAUGGAGACUUCGUCACUAAGCAGGAGUCCGCGUAUCCCACUCUGUUCUGCAAAACAUUCGUUAUGGCACUGACAGGCCAUCUCCGCGACUCUGGUUGCGUAGAUGAGAGGGAGGUCCAGGAACUUAAGGGUUCCGGUCCCGCGUCGGCCAAGGUGCUCUCGACCCAGGAGAGAGGCAGACUGGUCGCGCCCCAGUGGAUGCCAGCCGGCAAGAUCAAGGGAUUGGACGCGGGUACAGCUGAGGAAGUCAAAGAGAUGUUGGAGGCGGCACACUACCCGGACAAGGCCGUAGCUGAUGACAUGGCCAAGGGAUUCAACCUGGUUGGCCACUUAGAUCUUCCUGCCGGAUGGGACGUAGCGUCCUCCUCCAGCUUCAUAGAAGAGCUCUGGCAGAAGAGUAUGGAAGAAGGCAAGAAGGUUCGACCCAUCGACGAUCUGUCGCAGUCCUUCCUGAAUGCCGCCUUCGGGUCGGCGGAAGUCCGGACCGGACUUCAGGGCAAGACGAUCGACCUCAAGUCUGCUUACCGUCAAUUGCCCCUGUCCUCAGAAGCGCUGGAGAUGUCCGUUAUUGCUGUGAAGAACCCGGAAACGGGUGAAGUCCAGUUCUUCCGGUUGCUCUGCUUGCCCUUUGGGGCGGUAGCAGCCGUCCACGCUUUCAUCCGAGUCAGCUUGGCUUUGUGCUACUUAGGACAGACUUUUGGGUUGCUGCCGUGGUCGGCGUUCUACGACGAUUUCACCUUGCUGUCAACCCAGGAUCUGGCCUCGUCCAGCGAGAAGAGCGCUAAUUUUCUACUGGAUCUUCUCGGAUUCGAUUUCGAUAAGGACGGCGACAAAGCCCAACCAUUCAGGAGUGUCUUCAGGGCUCUCGGGGUUGAGUUCAACCUCCAGGAUGAAGAAGGCAAGAGCUUCCAAGUGGCUAGCACCAAGGAGUCCGAAGCAACCUACAUACCUGCCUCUCCAUGUCCUGAACGUUAG